GCAGACGCCUCCCUCACAUCUCCUGCCCACCCUCCAUCCUCGGACGGCACUCGGGAACCUGCCAUUGCAGCUGGACCUUGCCCACACCCUCGCCAUGAAGGGCCCCCUGCUUGGAGGCAUGUUCUCCCGGCAUGUCAAGCGGCACCCCGGACUCAUUCCCCUCAUUGGCUUCAUCAGCGUCGGCCUGGGCAGUGCUGUCCUGUACUUGCUGAGGCUGGCCCUGUACAGCCCCGACGUCAGCUCAGUGGCCCACGGUCCCUGCAGCCCGACGCUGUCUAAUGCCUAUCUAAUAUUUGUUUGCUCCCGCUGGGAUCGAAAAAAUAAUCCUGAACCCUGGAAUAAGCUGAGCCCCACGGACCAGUAUAAAUUUCUGGCAGUUUCCACCGACUACAAGAGCCUCAAGAAAGACCGUCCCAGUUUCUGAGCUGACUCCAGGAUGCACCGGGGCACGGGGAAACAUGCCCACCCCCCCCCCCAGCAGCACCACCACAGCCCCCACCAGCCCUCCUGGCUCCUGCCUGCCCCAUGGCUCUGCGAUAGUCACCAUGCACACAGGUCUGACUGCUUCCCCAGCAACCCCAAACCACGGGGCUGCACCCCCCCUCGCAAUAAACCACGUCACUCUGGGAGCAAUAUGAGUGGUGUUGCCAGCACCCCUGCACCCUCCCAUCCUGCCUGGCAUGCUGCUCUUGCCAUCAUGUCUUGCCUGCAUUAAACUCACAGGACAGUAAUAAAUUAUUGGG